UUUUUUAUGUAGUUGAACAAUCUGUAUACUAUCAAAGGGCAUUACUUUUCAACUAAUGCACUAGAAAGUCAACCGGUCAAUGGCAUUGUUGACAUACCUUUAGCACAAACUGGUGAAGGUAUUGCAGAGUGUGAACUUCUCAAGUGGUUUGUUCAAGAGGGGGAUCAAGUUGAAGAAUAUCAACGUCUUUGUGAAGUUCAAAGCGAUAAAGCAACCAUAGAAAUAACAAGUCGAUAUAACGGAAAAGUUGCUAAAGUGUUGCAUAUUCCUGGUGACAUGAUAAAGGUUGGUGAAACUCUGUUGAAAUUAUCAGUUGAUGAUUCAUCACUUGCACACGACGGUGCUGAGUCAUCACUAGGUUCCGAUACAUCUGAUUCCGACGACAAGGCAGGGGUUAAAAAGAGUAAAAAAGGUGAAGCUUUAUGCACCCCUGCUGUUAGAAGCCUCGCAAAAGAGCAUAAUAUUGAUAUCAAUGAUGUCACCGGAACCGGUAAACAUGGAAGAAUAUCAAAAGAAGAGGUUCUCAAAUACGCCUUAGAAAAAGGAAUUAUUGACGAUAAACCCGCAUUGUUUAAUCCUAGUUCUAUCGAACCCAUGGAGGGACCCGAAGAAAAACUACACGAGAUAGCUGACUCACUUUAUCAUGAUAAGAUACUCACCCUGAGGUAUUUGUAAUUACUUUUUUAACCAUUUCAUGAGUUUGGUUAAAUUAA